AUGUCUCCCGCGGCAGCGCUCGCAAACGGCCCUGUUCGGCAGCCGGACUUGCAUCUGGUGACCGACGAUGAUUUUGUCUACGAACAAGACAUCCAGCGGAGUCCAGGCAGCACGAAACCGUGGCUGGCAUAUAUUAGCUACAAGAUUCAGCAUGGGACGAUUGAGGAGCAAGCCUUUGUGCUCGAAAGGGCUUGCAUACAACUUCCCCGAUCCUACAAACUUUGGAAGAUGUACCUUAACUUCCGCACAAAACACAUCGCGAAGCUCAAUGCCGCCAUCUUUGCAGCCGAAUAUCGCAAGGUCAACUCGCUGUUCGAACGUGCUCUCAUCCUACUCAACAAGAUGCCACGGAUAUGGGAAAUGUAUCUGAAGUUUCUCAUCAAGCAGCCUCUCGUUACACUUACCCGGCGCACUUUUGACCGGGCUCUACGCGCCCUUCCCCUAACGCAGCACAACCGGAUAUGGGCGCUAUACCUGCCAUUCGCCAACUCGGCUGCAGGGCCGACAGCGGUGAAAAUAUGGCGUCGCUACAUGCAGGUGCAUCCCGAGGACGCUGAGGACUUUAUAGAACUCCUUUACCAAGUUGGCUAUUACACAGAAGCUGCGAGGAAGUACAUCGACGUGCUCAACAACCCACGUUUCACCAGCAAGCACGGCAAGGGUCACUUUGAAUUGUGGAGCGAGAUGGUCGAGCUGCUUGUGGAGCAUGCUACCGAGGUCGAGGUGGGCUAUGAGACGGGAAUUGACGUUGAGCGCAUCAUCCGGAGUGGCAUCGAACGAUUUGCCGACCAAAGAGGCAAGUUGUGGGUCGGCCUGGCGACUUAUUGGAUCAGGAGGGGAAGCUUUGAGCGCGCACGAGACGUGUUUGAAGAAGGCAUUACGACCGUUAUGACCGUCCGCGACUUUACUCUCGUUUUUGACUCGUAUGCUGAAUUUGAGGAGUCCGUCAUUGGAGCGAUGAUGGAAGUGGCCGGCCAAAGGGCCGAGAAAGGCGUUGUCGAUGAGGCUGCCGACUUUGAUCUGGACAUCCGCAUGAUGCGCUUCGAGCAUUUGAUGGACCGAAGGCCAUUCCUGUUGAACGACGUUCUCUUACGCCAGAAUCCCAACAAUGUCAAUGAGUGGGAGAAGCGGGUUGCCCUCUGGGGCGACAACCACAACGAGGUGGUCAACACAUAUACCAAUGCGAUCGCUGCGGUCCAGCCUAAAAAAGCCAGCGGACCGUUUCAUCAGCUUUGGGCAAACUACGCCAAAUUCUACGAACGAGGUGGCGACCUGCGGAGCGCAAGGAUCAUCAUGGAGAAGGCCGUCAAGGUGCCCUUCAAGUCGGUCGUGGAGCUGGCUGACAUGUGGAUUGAAUGGGCCGAGAUGGAGCUUCGGAACGACAAUUUUGAGGAGGCGGUCCGCAUCAUGGCCAAGGCGGUACAGGCGCCGAAGAGAUCAACUGUUGACUACUUUGACGAGACUCUGACACCACAGCAGCGAGUGCACAAGAGCUGGAAGUUGUGGAGCUUUUAUGUCGACUUGGUCGAGAGCGUGGGCACCCUUGAGGACACCAAAAAGGUCUACGAGCGCAUCUUUGAGUUGCGCAUCGCCACGCCGCAGACCGUGGUCAACUACGCAAACUUGCUGGAGGAACACAAGUACUACGAGGAGUCGUUCAAGAUCUACGAGCGCGGGCUGGACCUGUUCAGCUACCCAGUCGCGUUUGAGCUCUGGAACAUGUACCUCACCAAAGCAGUGGAUCGCAAGAUCAGCAUAGAGAGGCUGCGUGAUCUUUUCGAGCAGGCCGUCGAAGGAUGCCCGCCCAAAUUUGCCAAGAUCAUCUACCUUAUGUAUGGCAACCUCGAGGAGGAACGAGGUCUGGCGAGGCAUGCAAUGAGGAUAUACGAAAGGGCGACGAGGGCAGUGUCAGACGAAGACAGGGCCGACAUGUUCAACUUUUACAUCACCAAGUCGGCAUCCAACUUCGGCCUCCCUUCGACGCGGCAAAUAUACGAACGGGCGAUCGCCGCCUUGCCUGACGACGAGGCACGCGACAUGUGCCUCAAGUUUGCCGACAUGGAGAAGCGGCUGGGCGAGAUCGACCGGGCACGCGCCAUCUACGGGCACGCGUCGCAGUUCUGCGACCCACGAACCACGCCAGCCUUUUGGACCAAGUGGGAGCAGUUUGAGGUGCAGCACGGCAACGAGGACACGUUCAAGGAGAUGCUGCGAAUCAAGCGCGCGGUCCAGGCCAAAUACAACACGGACGUCAACUUUAUCGCCUCGCAGGCGCUUGCGCGCAGCCAGCAGCAGAGGCAGGCAAACGGACACGGCAACGGCACCGAGAACGGCGACGACGGCGUCGUCGACGCCAUGGAGGCCCUCGAGCGCCAGGCCCGCGCGCCGGCCGGCUUCGUCGCGGCAACCGAGGGGAACAUCAAGGGCGACGCGGCUACGGCGAAGACUGCCGUCACGGCAAAUCCCGACGCAAUAGAUAUUGAUGAUAUGGAGGAUUGA